AUGUUCGCUUCUCUGCUGCUGGCUGCGCUGCCCCUUCUUACCCACGCCGCGCUCACCUAUCGCGGCGCAGACAUCUCUUCUCUCUUGCUGCUUGAAGAUGAGGGCUAUAGCUAUAAGAAUCUCAAUGGCCAAACCCAAGCCCUAGAGACAAUUCUCGCCGAUGCUGGCAUCAAUUCCAUUCGUCAGCGUGUGUGGGUGAACCCCAGCGACGGCAGCUACGAUCUGGACUACAAUUUGGAGCUGGCCAAGCGGGUCAAGGCGGCUGGCAUGAGCCUUUACCUGGACCUGCACCUGAGUGACACAUGGGCGGAUCCUAGCGACCAGACGACACCUUCCGGCUGGUCCACGACCGAUCUCGGCACUUUGAAAUGGCAGCUGUACAACUACACGCUAGAAGUAUGCAACACUUUUGCGGAGAACGAUAUUGAUAUCGAAAUCAUCUCGAUCGGCAAUGAGAUUCGUGCCGGUCUCCUCUGGCCUCUGGGCGAAACGAGCAGCUAUUCGAACAUCGGCGCACUGCUGCACUCGGGUGCUUGGGGAGUGAAGGAUUCCAACCUGGCGACCACCCCCAAGAUCAUGAUCCAUUUGGACGACGGCUGGAGCUGGGAUCAGCAGAACUACUUUUACGAGACCGUUCUGGCCACGGGCGAGCUGCUGUCCACGGACUUCGACUACUUUGGUGUUUCCUACUACCCGUUCUACAGCGCGUCGGCAACUUUGGCAUCCCUGAAGACUAGUCUGGCGAACCUGCAGUCGACCUACGACAAGCCGGUGGUGGUUGUGGAGACGAACUGGCCGGUCUCGUGCCCGAACCCGGCGUACGCAUUCCCCUCGGAUCUGAGCUCGAUCCCCUUCUCGGUCGCGGGCCAGCAGGAGUUCCUCGAGAAGUUGGCAGCCGUGGUGGAGGCCACUACUGAUGGUCUGGGAGUGUACUAUUGGGAGCCAGCCUGGAUCGGCAAUGCUGGGUUGGGUUCGAGCUGCGCUGAUAACCUGAUGGUGGAUUACACCACGGACGAAGUGUACGAGAGCAUCGAGACUCUCGGAGAGCUCUGA